AUGGACACGCAAAAUUCAGAGAAGGCAGCCAUAAAGAUUCAGUCAUGGUGGCGUGGCAACGUGGUCCGCCGGACGCUACUGCACGCGGCACUCAGGGCCUGGGUCAUCCAGUGCUGGUGGAGGUCGAUGCAGGCCAAGAUGCUGGAGCAGAGACGGCGCCUGGCCCUGAGACUCUACACCUGCCAGGAGUGGGCAGUGGUAAAGGUGCAGGCCCAGGUUCGAAUGUGGCAGGCCCGCAGACGGUUUCUCCAGGCUCGCCAGGCGGCCUGCAUCAUCCAGUCUCACUGGCGCUGGCAUACCAGCCAAACCCGGGGCCUGAUCCGGGGCCGCUAUGAGGUCAAAGCCAGCCGGCUGGAGCUUGACAUCGAAAUCCUCUUGACCUAG